CCACACAAGUCUCCAUCCCACCCAUCCCUACCACUGGCCCCUCCCAACACACCAACACAUAUCCCUCCAUACACUCAACCCUGUUUUUAACACUUUAGUUCCAUUUCCUCUGUUCUUUUUUACUUAACCAAAAACUGGUCAUGGCUAACCGCACCACCCACCGGCGCAUGUUACCAAUACCAGAACCAGAACCAGAACCACCAAGGCAGCAGUGUCCUUUAGAUCCCACCAUGCCCUCUAAACCCUCUUCAAGGCUAAACCCAAAUCACAAAACCCGGACAACUCAAAGACCCAGUAGCCAGUAUCCACUCCCAAGUCUCACAAGUGUUGAAAAACAGAGCAAAGAGAAGCUGCCCAAGAAGCCUAGUAGAGAAGCGGAGAAGAAGAGAACUGAGGAGGUGGUGGUGAAGAUGGAAUUGAUGGGGUUGAAAGAAGAAAAGCAGGAACAUGAGUAUGAAAGUAGGAGACUUUCUACUUCUUCUUCUUCUUCUUCAAAGUCCUUGGGAGGAAGAAGGCAGUCAGCACAGGUUGAGUUGAAUAGGUUGGCAGAUGUGUUUGCAAGCAAUGGUGUCAAAGUGGUUUCAGUUGAUAUGCCUCCAUUUAUGCAGAUCCAUGCUGUGGAAUGUGCAAGAAGGACUUGUGAUAGCUUAGAAAAAUUCACCUCCAAGACUGUAGCUUUGACUCUCAAAAAGGAAUUUGAUGGGGUAUACGGACCAGCUUGGCAUUGCAUUGUAGGAACAAGCUUUGGGUCCUUCGUGACACACUCAGUAAGUGGCUUCAUGUAUUUCUCAAUGGAUCAAAAGUUGUACAUCCUCUUGUUCAAGACCACAGUACAAAGAGCAGACUGAAAGUUUUCAAUCAUUUUUAGCAUAGGAAGAAGAAGAAGAGAAGAAGAUCUGGAAAAGCUUUAAAAAUAAGUUUGUAAUCCUUUCCAGCUUGUACAGUUGCUUAUGCAGCAGGGAAAAAGCUUAAACCUUGACAUUAUUGUGGUUGAAGUUGUGGGGCUUUGGUAAAUGUCUGAUUCAGAAAUCCCUUCUGUUUGUUCUGUAAGCUCAUAUGCAUCUGUCACUUCUCAUUACAUAUAAUAUAAUCCUUACAAGUCUUUUUUUUUCCUGCU